GCCUCCACCUCAGUCAGAGGAGGAGAUGAGGGAAAUUCAGGCCUCUUUGAAGGGAGUACCUGAGGUCCCUUGUCAGCCUACAGGAGGCCAUGUAACCCCCAUGCAGCCAGGCCUCACUGGAGAAGGCGGUGAGGCCUCUGAGAGGCUGGCUCCUCCUGAGAAAGUGAAGGAAGAGGGUGUGGAUGUACAAGACACCGUCAGCUCAGAGAUGUGGCGCCAGCACUUCAGGCAGUUCAGCUACCAGGAAGCCGUAGGGCCCCACAAGAUACUGAGCCAACUCCGGGAGCUUUGCCGUCAGUGGCUGAGGCCCGAGAGACACACCAAGGAACAGAUUCUGGACUUGCUCAUCCUGGAGCAGUUCCUGAGCAUCCUGCCCCAGGAAAUGCAGAGGUGGGUCAGGGAAUGUGGCCCAGAGACUGGUACCAAGGCAGUGGCCCUGGCUGAAGAUUUCUUGCUGAGGCUGCGACAGGAAGAGGAACGACGACAGAAGACACUGGAGCCUUUGGAAGGCGUAGAUGGGAAUGUUUCCGAGUCUGAGCAGGAUCCAACAGACAAAUUGCAACAUUCCACAGAGGUCAAACAGGCAUCCAAUGGUCAGGAUAAUUUGCUUGGCAGCAACCAAGCAAAGGCCAAUAAGAAGAAAGCCAUUGAGCUGGGAAGAGCUAAGCAAGUGGGGACCAGUGGACUCUCAUUCAAGAGCGCUAAAGGGAAGCUGUACCCAAGUCCUGAGGAGGAUGAAGCAUCGAGAAGCCAGCAAAGACCCCAAAAGCACCAAGAAAACCCUCUGCCGAAGAUGGCAAAAAAAUCCUUCGUUUGUGAAGACAAUGAUGUUGGCUUGUACCCAGAGGGAAUCCACCGGAGUAAGAGAAACAGCAGCCGUGGAAAAAGAUUCCCUCAGAAUUCUGGCUUUCUAAGGAUUCGGAAAAGGCAAGCAAAGGAAGAAUCGUAUAAAUGUUCCUACUGUGGGAAGACCUUUAACAACAGAGCAUUCCUCGUUAUGCAUGAGAGGACCCACAGAGGGGGGAAACCGUACAAAUGCACAGACUGUGAGAGAAGCUUUAAUCAUAAAGCAAAUCUUAGUAGACAUAAGAAUAUUCACACAGGUAAGAAAGAGCAUAAAUGCUUAGAUUGUGGGAAAAGGUUCAGUUACAGAGCGCUACUUGUUGUACACGAGAGAACGCACACAGGAGAGAAACCCUACGGAUGCCCAGAUUGCGGGAGAAGCUUUAAUCAACAAGCAAACCUUAGCAAGCAUCAGAGGACCCAUACGGGUGAGAAGCCGUAUGAAUGUUCAGAAUGCGGUAAAAGCUUCACUACAAAAUGUAGUCUUGUCACUCACCAAAGGAUACACACAGGAGAGAAACCCUUUAAGUGUUCAGAAUGCAGGCAAGGUUUUAGUCAGAAAGGAAAUCUUCAGAAACACAUGAUGACCCACACAGGAGAGAAACCAUACAAGUGCUCGGACUGUGGAAAGCAUUUCAGCCUUAAAAAGAAUCUCCUUUCACAUGCGAGAACUCACACAGGAGAGAAACCCCACCAAUGUUCAGACUGUGAAAAAAGCUUUGGUGAUAAAACUGCUCUUACCAUACACCGGAGAACCCAUACGGGCGAAAGACCAUAUAAAUGCUCAGUCUGUGGGAAAGGCUUCAGUAAGAGGCAAAGCCUUCGUGUGCACAAGAGAACCCAUACAGGAGAGAAACCAUAUGAAUGCUCAGAUUGUGGGAAACACUAUAGCCAACGGUCAAACUUUGUUCGUCACAAGAGAAUCCAUACGGGAGAGAAACCAUACCAAUGCACAGACUGUGACAAAAAGUUCAGUUUUAAAAUAUCCUUUGUUCAACACAGGAGAACCCAUACAGGAGAGAAGCCGUAUGAGUGCUCCACGUGUGGGAAACGAUUCAGGCGCCAACAUCAUAUUGUGAAGCAUGAGAGGAUCCACACAGGAGAGAAGCCAUUUUCCUGCCCAGACUGUGACAAACGGUUUAACGACAAAGCCAGCCUAUAUCUGCAUAAGAGAACCCAUACGGGAGAAAAACCAUACGGAUGCUCUGAGUGUGGGAAAAACUUCCGGUACAAGCAACAUCUUGUUAUACAUGAGAGGACCCAUACAGGAGAGAAACCCUAUCAGUGCACAGACUGUGGCCAGAGCUUCAGUCAGAGCUCAAAUCUGGUGGUGCAUAGGCGGUCCCAUACUGGGGAAACGCCAUAUAAAUGUCUAGACUGUGGGAAAUGUUUCAAGUAUAGCACUGUCUUUGCAGAACAUAAAAGAACGCACACAGGAGAGAAGCCAUAUAAAUGUUUAGAGUGUGGGAAAAAGUUCUCCAGCCCCUCUAGUUUUAGUAGACAUCAUAAAAUGCACACAUGAAUGGACAGAUAUUCAGGUUAUGGGGAUGGCUGUGGAAAGAAAGGCCCAUAAAAGCUGAAGACAUGUUUCUACAGGGGACUGAUUUAAACGUUACAACCGGUGAAUUUUAUUUCCUUAG